CCAAAGCACCCCGCGCGCGCGCACGCGGCUCACAUUACCGUCUCUCUCCAGCUCCACCGCGCGGAUAUUUUUACCCUCCUUCCUAAUAAUAAGUCGCCAUUUUGCUCCGUCGCCGUAUUUAAAACGCCUCCCGCGUGUCAUUUUAUUUCUCCAGACGCGCGCGCGCACCCACCACCACCCCCCCCCUCCUCUCUCCCCCCACCCCGUCUCCCCCCCGCUCUCUUUUACUCCGUAGUUUUUUUUUUACUAAUAUUUUACAGUAUUUUGUGGCGGUAGUUUUUUGACUGCGGAUCAUGUGAGACGCGCACGGUGGGGAGGGGGGGGAGGACGCGUCGGGGUGAACGAGGUGAAGAUGCGCCGCUCCUUCUCCGUUUUGUGACACCUCUCUCUCUCGCUCUCUCUCUCUCUCUCUCUCGGAUCGGAAGCGGCGGGGCGCGCGAGCCCCCGUCCGACGUCCUCGCGCCGUCGCGGCCGCGCGCGCCAUCGCCAUGUAACCGAUCGGAGGCGCGCGGCCAAACGCGUCACCUGACCGCACGUGGCAGAGUCGCUCCAGCCCGUCCAUCACCGCGAGGCGGCGGCGUCUCGGGACCCCUCAGGGCUAGGCGUGGACACGAUGGACGAGGGAAGUAGAAGAAACCCCCAAAAGAGCCUCCAGGAGCUCCGUGCCGUCCCAGCGGCCAUGCUGUCCCAAUGGAGGGAGCGUUUCCGGAGCCUGUCCCGCGUGAGGUGCCCCCGGCCCGGCUGCUGGCUCGAGUUCCCGAGCCUCUACGGGCUCAAAUACCACUAUCAGCGCUGCCAGGGGGCAGUGCUGACUGACCGCAGGGGGCCCACGGAAGCCCGUCUCCGAAAGCCCGAGUCCUGGAACCACCCUGGCUGGUCCCCAGCGGUGACAUCCCAUGUGGGACCGUACUCUCCGGAGGCCUCUGCGGUCAAGGGGGGCAGCAGGAAAAGGUCUGCCGAGGUCCUGUCCCCGGUUUUAGGGGCUGCUAAGGUGACGAAGGCCCAGGUGAUGACCCCUUUGUCCCGAAACGGCGAGCAGGUGCCCCGGAUACCCGCCGGGGGCCAGACGCCGGGGAGCAGCAGCUCGUCGGACACCUCGUCCUGGACGUCGGGGAGCAGCGAGAGCGAGAGUGACAGCCCCUCGCCGCUCCCCCAGGAAGAGGAAGAGCGAGAUCAGGAGGACGAGGUGGAGGCCGAGCGGGCGAGACACAGAAGGAAACAGAAAACUCCAAAGAAGUUCACCGGGGAUCAGCCGACCUUGUCUAGCACCUUUGGUCUGAAAGGACGGAAUCAUCUAGAGGACAGGCUCAAGUGUCGCAGGAUGGCGGACGGAAACGGCUUCGUGCAGCGCUGCCCGAGGAGGGAACGCCCCGCCCUCCACUCCGGACCCCCUGAGGCUCAGCGGCGCCCCCCCCCUCUGGAGCAGACCGGUUCCGAGGGUCCCACCAGGAGGCCCGCCUCAGGCCCCCAGAGUCCCCACAGCCCGCAGAAGCAUACGGAGGUCUGCCAGAAGCUCCAGGAUGCCGUGCAGUGCCUGCAGUGCCGGCAGCACUUUCGCUCCAGGGCCGGCCUGGAGUUCCACGCUAUGACAGAACACGGCGAGAGGAGCCACAGUGGCAAGAAGGAUGUCGCUGAGGUCCGAAUGCCCCUCUUCCAGUGCCAGCACUGCGGCAAAACCUACAGGUCCAAAGCCGGGCGGGAGUACCACCUACGGUCGGCACACUGCACCCUGGCAGGCUGUGGUACCACGGGUUCUGCACAAAAGCUGCAGAGACAGCAGGAGGUGGAGCAGGAGGAGCAGCUGGAGGUCCAGGAGGAUGAUGGGAGUGAUGAAGAUGAACAGCUGGAUUGCGGCAGCAGAGAGGAAGAAGAGCAAGCAGGAUGUGGCGGGAGGGAGGAGGAGGAGCAACAGGAAGGUGGGCGGGGCAAGGAGGCGGCGGGGCCGGAGCGUGGCCCGGGGAAUGGGGACGCGCAGCCAGUAGGAGGCGAGCAGGAGGACUGUGGGAGGACGCCCAGCGGGAGGGUGCGCCGACACUCUGCCCAGGUGGCCGUCUUCCACCUGCAGGAGAUCGCCGAGGACGAACUGGCCAGCUCGUGGGGAGGGCGACGCCACCGACGGGACGACCUUGUGCCUGACAGCAGGAAGCUAAACUACACGCGACCACAGCCGCUGACACUGAGCCCCGGCACCACGGAGCGCUGGAGGGCAGAGCUUAAGGAGAAGGGCUUCAUCUGCUGUUCCAACAGUGACUGCGGGGCCGUCUACUCGAGCGCAGCUGGACUCAAAGCUCACCUGGCGGGCUGUGAAAAGGGAGGGGGCACUGCAGGGCGAUACACCUGCUUGCUGUGCCAGAAGGAGUUUGGUUCCGAGAGCGGCGUCAAGUACCAUAUCAGCAAGGCGCACUCGCAGAACUGGUUUCGCACUUCGAACCGCCCGGCCCCAAACAGCGGGCCCAAAGAAACAUCAAACGGCCUGAAGGGGGCGUCGGAGAGCAGCGCAGCCGGGAAAAAAAGGGGCCGCAAACCCAGGGAGCAGCCGGCAGGGGGCGAUGUGGAGCCAGAGAACAGGUCUGCCGCAUCAGAAACUGUGAGAACCGAGGACGCCCCACCCCUCGCGCUUCUCGAUCCUGGAGCCUUGGGGGAGGGGGACCACUUUGUCCCAGACAGAGACACAAAUUCCCCCUUGAGGAGGAGGGUGAAACCCAAAAAAAUAGCACCCUCGUUUAAUCAGCCGGAGUAAGGCACGUUAACCGCUCGAGCGAUGGCCUGUAAUGGUGACAGUGGUAAAGGUCCCUUAAUGGUAUUGGACAGUGACGCUCGUUGGUUCCAGUUGCCCUGUAGAAGCCAGUAGGCUUCGUUCCUGGUCGUUUACACGUUAAUGACAUGCAACACUAUUUGCAUAUUUAGGGUAUUUGAUUAUGAAGCUAUUACCAGAGCAGACCUGUCUGACUUCACCAUUUAUAUAAACUUUUUGAGAGAAAGUAUUAUUGUGAUAUAAUGCAAUAUGAGUAAUAAUACGAUUCGUGUUCGUUUACAUAUGUGUUAUAGAGGUUUUUAAGUCUAAAUGCGGUUGAGUUUGCA